CCAGAGCUCAGAGCUUGGAGAGGCUGGUGGAGCAGGAGCUGCGCGGCUGUGGAGUCCUCGUGCCUUGAAGACAGAUGUGCGCAGGCAUAGGGGGUGCUCCAACCUGAGCAGGGGUGAAGCUUCUGGAGAGGACAAGACGGCGACAGCGAGAUGCAGCCAGAAGAGCCCUGCGCUCAGAGCGCGCCCCGCGGUCCCGACACCCCGGAGAGAGGCCAGCGCUCGCGGGACCCCGAACCGCGCCUAUCCGGCCAGCUACUGCCCGAGCUCUACAGCUUCGUGGCGCGCGUCCUCUUCUAUUUGGCACCCGUCUACCUGGCGGGCUACCUGGGGCUCAGCGUCACCUGGCUGCUGCUUGGCGCCCUGCUCUGGAUGUGGUGGCGCCGGAACCGCCGUGGGAAGCUGGGUCGCCUGGAGGCCGCCUUCGAAUUCCUGGAGCACGAGCGCGAGUUCAUCAGCCGCGAGCUGCGGGGCCAGCAUUUGCCAGCCUGGAUACAUUUCCCAGAUGUGGAGCGUGUGGAGUGGGCCAAUAAGAUCAUCACACAGAUCUGGCCCUACCUAAGCAUGAUCAUGGAGAACAAGGUCAGGGAGAAACUGGAGCCCAAGAUCCGGGAGAAGAGCAUCCACCUCAGGACCUUCACUUUCACCAAGCUCUACUUUGGGCAGAAGUGUCCCAAGGUGAACGGCGUCAAGGCACACACAGACAAAUGCAACCGGAGGAAAGUGACCCUGGACCUGCAGAUCUGCUACAUCGGGGACUGUGAGAUCUGCGUGGAGCUUCAGAAGAUCCGCGCUGGCGUGAACGGCGUCCAGUUGCAGGGGACCCUGCGCGUCAUCCUGGAGCCCCUGCUGGUAGACAAGCCCUUCAUAGGAGCUGUGACCGUGUUCUUCCUUCAAAAGCCGCACCUGCAGAUUAACUGGACAGGCUUGACCAACCUGCUGGACAUGCCGGGUAUCAAUGAGUUAUCAGACAGCCUGCUGGAGGACCUCAUUGCUGCCCACCUGGUGCUGCCCAACCGAGUCACUGUGCCUGUGAAGAAGGGACUGGAUAUAAGCAACCUGCGAGUUCCUCUCCCCUGCGGUGUGAUCAGAGUCCAUCUGCUGGAGGCCAAGAAGCUGGCCCAGAAGGACAACUUCCUAGGGCUUGGAGGCAAGUCAGACCCCUACGCCAAGGUGAGCAUCGGCUUGCAGCACUGCCGGAGCAGAACCAUCUACAAGAGCCUAAACCCCACCUGGAACGAAGUGUUUGAGUUUAUGGUGUAUGAGGUGCCUGGGCAGGACCUGGAGGUAGACCUGUAUGACGAGGACACUGACAAGGAUGACUUCCUGGGCAGCCUGCAGAUCUGCCUCGGAGAUGUCAUGAAGAACAGAGUGGUGGACGAGUGGUUUGUCCUGAAUGACACGACCAGUGGGCGACUGCACCUGCGGCUGGAGUGGCUGUCACUGCUCACUGAACAGGAUGCGCUGACGGAGACCAGAGAUAGCGGCCUCUCCACUGCCAUCCUUGUGGUCUUCUUAGAAAAUGCCUGCAACCUGCCGAGAAACCCUUUUGACUAUCUGAAUGGUGAAUAUCGAGCCAAAAAACUCUCCAGGUUUGUCAAAAAUAAGGCCAGCAGAGACCCUUCUUCAUACGUCAAGCUCUCUGUGGGCAAGAAGACCUUUACAAGUAAGACUUGUCCCCACAGCAAGGACCCUGUGUGGAGCCAGGUCUUCUCUUUCUUUGUGCACAGCGUGGCAGCUGAGCAGCUCUGCCUGAAGGUGCUGGAUGAUGAGCUGGAGUGCGCCCUGGGAGUGCUGGAGUUCCCCCUGAGCCAGCUCCUCCCCUGUGCUGACCUCACCCUGGAGCAGUGCUUUCAGCUGGACCACUCAGGCCUGGACAGCCUCAUCUCCAUGAGACUGGUGCUUCGGUUCUUACGCGUGGAGGGACGAGAGCUGGGAAGCCCAUACACCGGACCCGACGCGCUAAAGAAAGGGCCUCUGUUCGUCAAGAAGGUGGCCACCAACCAGGGUUGUAAAGCCCCACCUCUAAAAGAAGGCCUUGGAGAUGUGGCAAACACCUCGGACCCUGCCUCUUAUGUCAAGGGAGCCUCCAAGAGCACUGAUAACAUCAGCGUGGCCACCAUGGCCCCUGAACCUAAGCCCGAGCCCCAGGAGACAGGCCUGGAGCCCAAAGGCAAGGACAGUGCCAAAGGGCUCUGUGAGUCCCCAGGAAAGAAGAAGAUCCCAGCUACCACCUUCCUGACUGUCCCAGGUCCCCACUCUCCGGGGCCCAUCAAGUCACCCCGACCCAUGAGCCGCCCCGCCUUCCCAUUCGCAUGGCCGCUCCCAAGGGUGGCUCCCAGCAUGUCCUCACUCAACUCCCUGGCCUCUUCCUGCUUUGACCUGACAGAUGUCAGCCUCAGCACCGAAGUUGUGGAUUCCAGGCAGCGGCGGCGGCUGGGUGAGAUUCAGCUCACGGUGCGCUAUGUGUGUCUCCGGCACUGUCUCAGGGUACUAGUCAACGGCUGCAGAAACUUGACGCCGUGCACCAGCAGUGGAGCUGACCCCUAUGUCCGCAUCUACCUGUUGCCAGAGAGGAGAUGGGCAAGUCGGAAGAAAACCUCAGUAAAGCAGAAGACCCUGGAGCCCCUAUUUGAUGAGACGUUUGAAUUUUUUGUUCCCAUGGGAGAAGUACAGAAGAGGUCACUGGAUGUUGCAGUGAAAAACAGCAGGCCUCUCGGCUCACACAGAAGGAAGGAGAUGGGGAAAGUGCUGAUUGACUUAUCAAGACAAGAUCUGAUCAAGGGCUUUUCACAGUGGUAUGAACUGACUCCAGAUGGACAGCCCAGAAGCUGACCAUGAGCUCUUCUCUCCAGUGUUAGAAAGUGUAUAUGUGUAUUUUUGUCAUUUAAAUCAGAACAUACAUUUGAUGGAAACAGAUAUUGUAUGAACUCUUAACUACAUGAUACUACAUGGAUAGUAGAGGAAGGUCUUGUAAAAGCAGGGACCAUUUCUGUUAACUUGGAUUAAUUCAAAUCCGGAAAAAAAAAAAAAAACCUGUGGUAUUUGUAUCUAUGAGGCUCCAAAACCUCAGUAGUAAUUGUUCACAUUAGUGCCCUGUCCUGAGCACAGGGUUGUGGGGGAGGGAGCCUGUUUAGAAUAAUUCUUGGGCAGUUACUGAGCACAGGAGGGCACUCUUUUGUGGAAAUAAAAAGCAUCCAAAGUCAAAAUCACCCAGAGCUAACUGCCAAAGCUCUUCUGGUUGCCGCCUGUGAUGCUUGUAAGCCUAUGUUUGCCCAAGAUUCUCAGUUGGGACAAACUACCCAACUACCAAAUCCCAGCUACUGUGUAUUUUCCUAGAGGCAACAGUGUUAAGAGUGAU